AAGGGAGGAAGAUCCACGAGAGAGAACACAGACACGACGACACCCACCCCAUUGCCUGCCGCGAGCGCGCAAAAGCCUUUUUAAUCGCGGUGGGAGGAGGAGGGGGAGGGGCACGGCACCACCACCACCGCAUCCACAAGAAACAAACAAAGCGAGAAAGCGAGGUGCAUUUCGUUUGUGCGCGCCCGGCCCUGGGGCGUAUAUUAAACCACCAGUAGAGUUUGUGCGUGUGCUCUGCUCUGCUCCGUUAAAUCCCAUUUCGCCCGGGAAGCCAAGCCACACACCGAGGCACCGAGCUCCCCUCUCCUUUUUCUUUUCUCUCACCGCCCCCCACCGAGCAACUCCAUCUCCUCCUCUAGCUGCUGCUCGCCGCCCUCACUCCACUACCACCGCGCUAGCUCGGCUGGUACACCGAACGUCAUCAUCCCGCAAACAAGGUGCAGUUGUUGUCGUUGUUUCUUCUCGGGAGAGCCGCAAGCAAUGGCGGCCGUCGGCAGGCUGCCGAGCGCGGUGGUGGCCCUGCUGCUCGCGCUGCUCUGCCUGGCGGGGACGUCGGCGGCGACCAACGUGACGUACGACCACCGCGCGCUGGUCAUCGACGGCGUGCGCCGCGUGCUCGUCUCCGGCUCCAUCCACUACCCGCGGAGCACCCCCGACAUGUGGCCGGGGCUGAUGCAGAAGGCCAAGGACGGCGGCCUGGACAUGGUGGAGACGUACGUCUUCUGGGACGUCCACGAGCCCGUCCGGGGACAGUACGACUUCGAGGGCAGGAAUGACCUGGUGAGGUUCGUCAAGGCCGCCGCCGACGCCGGGCUCUACGUGCACCUCAGGAUCGGCCCCUACGUCUGCGCCGAGUGGAACUACGGAGGCUUCCCGCUAUGGCUGCACUUCAUCCCGGGGAUCAAGUUCCGCACCGACAACGAGCCUUUCAAGACGGAGAUGCAGCGGUUCACGGAGAAGGUGGUGGCGACGAUGAAGGGCGCGGGGCUGUACGCGUCGCAGGGCGGGCCCAUCAUCCUGUCGCAGAUCGAGAACGAGUACGGCAACAUCGACGCGUCCUACGGCGCGCCCGGGAAGUCGUACAUCCGCUGGGCCGCCGGGAUGGCCGUCGCGCUCGACACCGGCGUGCCCUGGGUCAUGUGCCAGCAGGCCGACACGCCGGCGCCCCUGAUCAACACGUGCAACGGGUUCUACUGCGACCAGUUCACGCCGAGCCUGUCCAGCAGGCCCAAGCUGUGGACGGAGAACUGGAGCGGCUGGUUCCUCUCCUUCGGUGGCGCCGUGCCCUACCGCCCCACCGAGGACCUCGCCUUCGCCGUCGCGCGCUUCUACCAGCGCGGUGGCACCCUGCAGAACUACUACAUGUACCACGGCGGGACCAACUUCGGCCGCAGCUCGGGAGGGCCGUUCAUCUCCACGAGCUACGACUACGACGCCCCCAUCGACGAGUACGGGCUAGUGAGGCAGCCAAAGUGGGGCCACUUGAGGGAUGUCCAUAAGGCGAUAAAGAUGUGCGAGCCUGCACUCAUAGCAACUGAUCCAUCAUACAUGUCCCUUGGUCAAAAUGCUGAGGCACACGUAUACAAGGCCGGUUCAUUGUGUGCGGCAUUCCUCGCGAAUAUAGACAAUCAGUCUGACAAGACUGUCACCUUCAACGGCAAGGCGUAUAAACUCCCUGCGUGGUCCGUCAGCAUCCUUCCUGACUGCAAGAAUGUGGUGCUGAACACUGCCCAGGUAUGUGCAUUGCCUUGCUCAAGACAAAGAAGCCGUGUUUCUGGAACCAAUCUUGGCCUUGGAUCUGAUUACGGUCACUACUCUUCGCAGAUCAACUCUCAGGUAGCAUCUACACAGAUGAGAAACCUGGGGUUCAGCACUCAAGCAUCUGACGGCUCGUCCGUCGAAGCAGAACUCGCUUCUUCUACCUGGAGCUACGCCGUUGAGCCUGUUGGUAUCACAAAGGAGAAUGCCAUGACAAAGCCUGGGCUGAUGGAGCAGAUAAACACCACCGCGGACGCCAGCGAUUUCCUGUGGUACUCAACAAGCAUCAUCGUGGCGGGUGAUGAACCGUAUCUGAAUGGUAGUCAGUCCAAUCUGCUUGUCAACUCACUUGGGCAUGUUCUUCAGGUCUUCGUCAAUGGCAAGUUUGCAGGUAGCAGUAAGGGUAGUGCUACGAGCUCCCUGAUCUCAUUGACAACACCAGUUACACUUGUACCUGGAAAGAAUAAAAUAGAUCUUCUGAGUGCGACAGUUGGUCUGACGAACUAUGGUGCAUUCUUUGACCUAGUUGGUGCUGGAAUUACCGGUCCAGUAAAGCUGACUGGACCGAAGGGUACGCUUGAUCUAUCUUCUGCGGAUUGGACAUACCAGAUUGGACUCAGAGGAGAAGACUUGCACCUGUAUAAUCCUUCAGAGGCCUCUCCAGAAUGGGUAUCAGAUAACUCUUACCCAACCAAUAACCCUUUGACCUGGUACAAGAGCAAAUUUACAACUCCUGCAGGCGAUGAUCCUGUUGCCAUAGACUUCACAGGAAUGGGGAAAGGUGAGGCGUGGGUGAACGGGCAGAGCAUUGGUCGGUACUGGCCAACAAAUAUUGCUCCACAAAGUGGCUGUGUUAAUUCAUGCAACUACAGAGGACCUUACAGCGCAAGCAAAUGCCAGAAGAAAUGUGGACAGCCAUCGCAGAUUUUGUAUCAUGUGCCCCGUUCGUUUCUCCAACCAGGCAGCAAUGAUAUAGUCCUUUUCGAGCAGUUUGGUGGUGACCCAAGCAAGAUAUCCUUCACGACAAAACAGACAGAAAGCGUAUGCGCACACGUGUCUGAGGAUCAUCCCGACCAAAUCGAUAGCUGGAUCUCUCCCCAGCAGAAAUUACAGAGGUCUGGGCCAGCACUUCGUCUGGAAUGCCCCAAAGAAGGUCAGGUCAUCAGCAGUAUCAAGUUUGCAAGCUUCGGGACACCGAGUGGCACCUGUGGGAGCUACAGCCAUGGCGAAUGCAGCAGCUCUCAGGCUCUGGCAGUCGCUCAGGAGGCAUGCGUUGGGGUGAGCAGUUGCAGUGUGCCGGUGUCAGCAAAGAACUUCGGAGAUCCAUGCAGAGGAGUCACAAAAAGCCUUGUGGUCGAAGCUGCAUGCUCAUGAGUCAUGGCAUGUUUGAUAAAUGUUAUUAGUAGGAAGUAAAAGCAGAUUGAGGGGGUGAAACCAGAUUCCUCCUCUUUGUAGACAAACAGGCAAGAAACAAUAAUUGUUCCAGAAAUGCUAGUCGGAUGGAAUAAAAUAUUCCAAAAUCUAUUAGAGCCAUGGAAGCUAGUAAAUUGUCUACUUAGAAUGGGUUGUGCUACUUGUUAGUAGAACAAUUCUACACAUUCCUACAAUGUAUUCUUUCGCAAUAGAGAUAAGUCAAAUGGAAAAAGCACGCAUUGUCUGUUGAA